UGUGCUGCUGACUGUACAAUCUGUCUUCAACUGGAGUGCUGCUGCCUGCUACGUCAGGCACUAUGCGACAUUUUCUUUGACAAUGGAAUAGCUAGGUAAUGUGAAAGAAAAAUGUAUACGUUGUUGAUACAUUGAUGCAAUGUUUACCUGGACAAGUCAUCGCGCACUAUUGUAUCAUCAGACUAUUUGUGCUUCUGUAGCGGAUAUUCUCGGUGAAUGAUUUCAGGAAUAUAUCCUACCAUGCAGCCGGAAGGAACAUUUACAUUUGCAAGGUUUAGAGGAUAGAGCACAAUGGCCAGUCCAGCACCAGCAUGCUGCAAUACCCCUCCAUGUCCAGAUGGGGGAGCGGCGGUGGCCCAAAAGACAAAGCACUUCAUCACGGACGACUGUGAGCUGAGCAAGGAAGAGCUGGAUGGCCUCAUGAGGGAAGGAGAGGAAAGUCGUCCCUUCCUGGUGGUCCAUCAUCUGCUUGAUGUGAAGGAGGCAGGUGUGCCUGUGUUACUGCCUGGGACUCCAGUCAUCUGCAGAGUGGACAGCACCGAGAGAUACACUACGCGCUCCAAGGUCCGUGUGUGCACUCUGUACACUGUGAAGCUGACCCAUGGCAAGUUCACCUGGACGGUUAAAAGGAAGUACAAGCACUUCCAGGAGCUGCACCGUGACCUCUACAAGCACAAGAUGAUGGCCCACUUCCUGCCUCUGGGAAGAUUUGCAGCCCAGAGAGCACAACUGAGGGCUAUGACAGAGGAGAUGCCAAGUCUACACGGGACUGAGAGAAUGAGACGAACUUCCAGCAAACCGAAAUACCUUGAGGAAUACCUAAACGGCCUUCUGGAGAAUUCCUUUUGUAAGAACUAUCACGGCAUGCUGGAAUUCCUUGAUGUCAGUGCUCUCUCCUUUGUCAGUGAGCUUGGACCCAAAGGCCUGGAGGGUUCCAUCUUCAAAAGGUCAGGAGGUCACCGUAUCCAGGGGUUGAACUGUAUUGGUCAUCACCAGUUCUGCUUUCGCUGGUCAAAGCGCUGGCUGGUGGUCAAGGACUCCUUCCUGCUCUAUAUGAACCGGGAAAAUGGGGUCGUCUGCUUCGUACUGGUCUUUGACCCGGAGUUCAAAGUUCAAGUGGGUCGUGCAUAUACUGACACCAAGUAUGGGGUUUGCAUUCAGAACUUCACCAGGAAUCUGGUCAUCAAAUGUAACAGCUACAGACAGGCUCACUGGUGGAGCCAUGAGAUCAAUAGGCUGGCUGAGCCCUGUGAAUUCCUCCAGGUCCAACGCUUUGGGGGCUUUGCCCCGCCACGGGAGAACACACUCACUAAAUGGUAUGUAAAUGGAAGUGGCUACUUUGCAGACCUGGCUGAUGCUCUGGAGCAGGCCAAGGAGGAGAUCUUCAUCACAGACUGGUGGCUCAGCCCAGAGGUUUUCCUGAAGAGGCCAGCUACAGACACAUACUGGCGCCUGGACCAGAUCCUCAAACGCAAAGCAGAACAAGGUGUCAAAGUAUGUGUGCUCCUGUACAAGGAGGUGGAAAUGGCCCUGGGCAUCAACAGUGGCCACAGCAAGAGGACACUGAUGGACAUGCACCCCAACAUCAAGGUGAUGCGACACCCCAACCACAUGUCCGCGGUGGUGUUUCUGUGGGCCCAUCAUGAGAAGAUGGUGGCCAUUGACCAAUCAGUGGCUUUUGUGGGAGGCUUGGACCUGGCCUUUGGGAGGUGGGACGACAGUCAGUACCGGUUGACUGAUACGGAGACAACCAAUCAUAUCUCUGAAGAAGAACCAAAGGCUCCACUGGCUGAGCCAGAAGCAGCUGAUUCGGGUGACCAGGUGGAUGGGUCAGACUUCGCCCAGGAUCCAAAGCCUACAGAGCCAGAGGAGGUCAAGGAGGUCAACCAUGUGGACCUGAAGAACAACACCCAGUUGUGGCUUGGCAAGGACUACAGCAACUUCAUCAGGAAGGACUGGGUCCAACUGGACCGCCCAUUCGAAGACAACAUUGACCGCACUGAGGUGCCCCGUAUGCCGUGGCGUGACUUGUCUGCUGCACUCCACGGCAAAGCUGCCAGGGAUGUGGCCCGCCACUUCAUCCAGCGCUGGAACUUUGCCAAGAUCUUUAAGUACAAGAACAUCCGAGGCAAGUUCUUCCCUUGCCUUCUGCCCAAGUCUCACAGUACUGCUGAUACACUGCCAUUCACUGUGCCUGGCUCCGGGAAGGCCUCUGUGCAGGUGUUGCGUUCUGUGGAUCGCUGGUCAGCCGGCACUUGUGAGAGCUCUAUCCUCAAUGCCUACAUUCAUACCAUCGAGAACAGCGAACACUACAUCUACAUCAAGAACCAGUUCUUCAUCAGCUGUGCUGACGGGAAGAACGUGCACAAUGGCAUUGGUGACGCGAUCGUGAAGAGGAUCCUACGUGCACACAGUGAGCAGAAGAAAUACAGGGUGUUUGUGGUGGUGCCCCUGCUGCCUGGGUUUGAAGGAGACAUCAGUGAGGGAGGUGGGAAUGCCAUCCAAGCUAUACUACACUUCACUUACAGGACCAUGUGCCGUGGAGAGUACUCCAUACUGAUGAGAUUGAGAGAACUUGAGAACCAGUGGAGCAAGUACAUCACCCUGUGUGGCCUGCGCACGCACUCCCAGAUCUCCCAGUCCCUGGUCACAGAGCUCAUCUACGUACACAGCAAGACCCUCAUAGCUGAUGACCGCCGCUACAUCAUCGGCUCGGCCAACAUCAAUGACCGCAGUAUGCUGGGCAGCCGGGACAGUGAGCUGGCUUUGAUGGUGGAGGAUGAGGAGAGGGUCCCCUCCAUAAUGGGAGGAGAGGAGUACCAGGCCGGACCCCUCACUUUGGCACUGCGCAAAGAGUGUUUCAGGGUGCUUUUAGGAGCUGAUUCUGACCCCAAGAUCGAUAUCGAUGACCCAAUCAGCGACUGUUUUUUCUUGUUGGGAUGGAACGCGGCGGCAAAACUGAAUGCUAAGAUUUAUGACAAGGUCUUCCGCUGCCUCCCCUGCAACUCUGUCCACAGCAUGAGGGAGCUGAAGGAGCAUUCAGGCCUGGAGCGCCUGUGUGACACAGACCCUCAGCAGGCUAAAGAGGAGCUGGAGGCCGUCAGGGGGCUACUGGUCCACUUCCCCCUCAACUUCCUGUCAGAGGAGAGUCUGCUCCCCCCACUGGGCAGCAAAGAGGGCAUGGCUCCUACGGGACUCUGGACAUAAGAGUACCAGGCUACCAGCCACAAGAGCCAGGAUGACACUGAAAUAUCCCAGCACAGAAGGGGAGCGCUUUAUAGAUUUUAUCACCUUUGCCAGAUACCACUCCAUUAUUAAUAAAAAGAUUGGAACAAAAUGUAUUCUAAACUGACCUAGCUCAAAAACACUAACUGAUGUGUCUAUGAAGAAUGCAAUUAGAUGCAAGGUAUUUACAUACUGUAGCUGUUGAUACAGAGUGGAUUUUAACUCUGUUAAAACGGUCAAACAUUUCAAAACAAACCAGAUGAUAAUGUAUCCCAGGGUUCCCCAAUUGGCGGCCCACAGGCAAUUUUAUUUGGCCCCCCAUGUUUUCUGAGCAAAUAAAUCAAUUAAAAAUAUAUUUUUUGUGGACACAAAAGACUGUAAAAACACCAGCAAAUCAGCUCAGUGAUUUUAAUUUUGGAAAUCUGUUCCAAGGUAUUCCCACACAUAAUGGAGAAAUAUCCACAGUGUAUAAAACAUUAGGAACACCUGCUCUUUCCAUGACAGACUGACCAGGUGAAAGCUAUAAUCCCUUAUUGAUGUCACUUGUUAAAUCCAUUUCAAUCAGUGUAGAUGAAGGGGAGGAGGCAGAUUUAAAGGAGGAUUUUUAAGCCUUGAGACAUAGAUUGUGUGUACCAUUCAGAGGGGGAAUGGGCAAAUGCCUUUGAACGGGGUAUGAUAGGGGCCAGGCGCACCGGUUUGAGUGUGUCAAGAACAGCAAAGCUGCUGGUUUUUUGAUGUUCAACAGUUUCCUGUGUGUAUCAAUAAUGGCGUCCAGCCAACUUGACACAACUGGGAAGCAUUGGAGUCAACAUGGGCCAGCAUCCCUGUGGAACACUUUCGACACCUUGUAGAGUCCAUGCCCCGAUGAAUUGAGGCUUUUCUGAGGGGCAAAAGGGGGUGCAACUCAAUAUUGGGAAUGUGUUCCUAAUGUUUUGUGCACUCAGUGUAUGUGAUUGUAUACAAAUGUAGGCAAGGUUUAAAAUGAUUAUGUUUUUGUCUAAUGUUAUAUCUGUUUGGGCAUCUUGUGGUCAAUUUGCUGUCUACAAAUUAUUUUGAAUUAUGUUCCGGCCCCCUGAUCAUCCACUCAAGAAAAGAACGGCCCGUGGCUGAAUUUAGUUUAUCCCUGAUGUAUACUAACGCAUUUUAAGCCUUUUCUGUGCUCCAAGUGACUUUGAGACAUGGCUAUUUGAAGGAUUACCACUGUUUUAAUGUCACAUGUUCAUUUUUAUAAGGUUGAAUCAUUGCCACACUCAACUGACCAAAUGUGUUUGUUAAUAUAAUACUGAACCUGAGUAUUUCCUUUUUUUAAAGGUCUUAGGUACGAGUCUGCCAAUACAUAACAUAACAGGAACAGAAUGCCACUGUAUGAGGCAGGAGGAGGAAUGGAGAUCAGAAGUCAAGAGUCUCAGAUGAUUUAGGAACAUUGCGUACAUUUAUUGUUGCAAGGUUGUGGGUGGAUAGCUCCUCUCUCUGUCUCUCUCAGCCUCUCUCUCCCCUUGCCUCUUUCUCUCUCUGCUUCUCGCUUCCACUCUCCAUGCAGUGCCAGCAAAUUUGUCAGAACAUUUGUGGUUGUUAUGGUGACGGUUAUAAAGAGCUGACUAGAUUGUGGCCGAAAGAGGGAAGGACAGAUGAGCGAUAGUCUGAAUCAGACAGAGGUAUAUGACAAAAUGGAAGACGAGGUGGCCUAGCAAAUUCUGUAAAAGGAGGGUCAUUGGAUUUGCAAGAUAGGCAAUGACAAAAGAGGAAGACCAAGGACCAUAUGAGGGGCAUGGGGCGAAUAGAGGGGAAUGAGAGAAAUAUAUUCAGGGGGUGCUCCUGGCGUGCUUUAAUUGUUGCGUCUUUUUGUCGUCACCAUGGCAACCAAGUGAAUUAUUGUUACUAACUUACCCUGUUGGCAGUGGUCCAGAACAUUCCACUAUAUUUCGAAAAAGGGGAGCAAAGAAAAAAAUGUUUUUGUAGAGCACAGUUUCUAAUCUUGGAUGGGAUGAGUCAUUUUUUGACAGUUUUAAUCAAGGAAAAGGUGACUAACUGAAAUAGUAACAUUUAUUUAGUGAUACUGCUUAUACCACCACCACUACUACAGGUGCUUUUAGCAACUCGGGUGUGUUUACAUACACUAGCAUUGAUUUCAAUUGUAUUGGGUUGCACAAAAACAGUUGGUAGGAAGCCAGAAGUUAAAUACAAUUCUAUUUCAACUUACUGUGGAUAUGUGUAGGAUAGUUGGUAAUUAUUACAGGGGGAAAUUGAGACAAAAUAUCUAAAGUAUUGUAUUAUUAAACAGACUUUCCAAAUGAGGGUCUGUUGUAGACCCACUUCCUCUCUGCUUACCUCAUGUCAAAAGAAAAGUCCACAACGAAUUAUUCAUUUUUUUGUCCACAUAUGGAGCAUGUGCAGGACUUUUUAAUUUUGACAUGAGGUAAGCAGAGAGGAAGUGGGUCUACAACAGACCCACAUUUGGAAAGUCUGUUUACUAAUACAACACUUUAGAUAUUUUGUCUCAAAUCCCCCUCUCAUAAUGACCAACUGUCCUGCCCACUGGCACAGUAAGUUGAAAGGGAAUUGUAUUUAACUUCUGAAUUCCCACAUACUGUUUCUGUUAAUUAUAUUCAUCAUACUACUUUAUGUUGAAAGAAGGGGAGUUGUAGCUCUUUAACAUUUGAAUAACAUUUAUAUGACUUUAGUAUUUUCUACUUAUUUAUGUAGGCCUAACUUUCACUGUAUUUUAACAUUUUAAUGUGCAUUAAAUGUAUGUAUGCCUGCAACCUGGACUCAGGGGUAGACGUAACAUAGUAAUCGAAAAUCUGGGAUGCUCAAAUUAGUAUAUUUUACAUUUGGUAUGGAAUGCAUUAAUUUGUGGAUGUCCAUUUCAUAUGUUACGAAUUCCAAGUUGUUGUGGCUAACGUUAGCUAGGUGGCACCCACCCUCCUUUCAUAUUUGCUUUAUUAAGUUUCAUGUCUUAUGUAACCAUAUUAAACAUAACAUAUCCCAUAGGGCUGCGCACAAUUGGUCCCAGCAUCGUCUGGGUUUGGCCGUAAUUGUAAAUAAGAAUUUGUUCUUAACUGAUUUGCCUAGUAAAAUAAAUGUUAAAUUAAAUUUAGAAAAAUAUACUAGUUAAACGAGUGUCCCGGAUUUUCGUUUACUUUGUUACGUCUAGAUUACGAGACCAGCCGGAUCACUUAAUUAUUAGAAUAACUAGGUUAUAGUCGAUAGGCUUUUAUUUUUCAAAAUUGUCAUCUGUACGAAUGUAGCUAUCUUUUAACAUUUAAUAAAUAUUUUUAUAAGUUG